CGUAGCCCUCUUCUUGCGCUGCCGAUGACGCCAAGCCUACUUCUGCAAGUACCUGUGAUCUGUGGGGCCAGCUGGUUUCUUUGGAAGCUCCUGCGGCCGUUCGUCGUGAAGAAUGCACUAGACAAUCUACCCGGACCUGCAAGUGCUUCUAUCCUCUGGGGAAAUCUCAAACAAAUAUAUGACAAGCAAGGCUGGGAGUUCCACAGAUCGCUCGAGCAGUAUGGCCCCGUCUCUGCCCUUCAUGGAAGGUUCGGGCAAAAGAUUGUCUAUGUCUUCGAUCCCAAGGCCAUGCAUGCUAUCGCAGUCAAGGAUCAGUAUGUCUACGAUGAGACGCACUGGUUUCUCCGAAUGAACAACGCAACCUUGGGUCCCGGACUCCUGGCUACCACCGGCGAUGUUCAUCGUCGCCAGAGGAAGAUGCUUAAUCCAGCUUUCAACAUAAAUCAUAUGAGAGAGAUGAUCCCUAUCUUUUAUGACGUAACUCACAAGUUGCGGAAGGCAAUCAGAAUUGCCGUCCAGGACGGCCCCAAAGAAGUCAACCUGGUGGACUGGAUGGGACGGACGGCUCUUGAGCUUAUGGGCCAGGCAGGUCUCGGCUAUUCCUUUGAUCCACUUACCGAAGAGAGCCUGGACUCAUACGGAAGCGCUAUCAAGUCGUUCAUUCCUGCGAUAUAUUCUAUAGUGAUAUGGAUUCAACUCUGGCCAUACGUCGAAUGGAUGGUUCCCAAGGCUUUAGGAAAGCGUCUCGCCGAGAAGCUCCCGCACAAGGCGUUCCAACGCCUAUGUACGCUGGUGAACACUAUGCACGAGCGUUCCGUUGCUAUCUACAACGCGAAGAAGGCUGCUCUCGCAAAGGGAGACGAGGGGGCCAAGCAGCUAUUCCGCGAGGGCAAGGACUUGAUGAGCAUCUUGUUGAGGGCGAACAUGGCUGCAGAUGAGACCGAUAGGUUAGCGGAUGACGAGUUGAUUGGACAGAUGUCGACCUUAACGAUUGCCGCUAUGGAUACAACCUCGAACGCCCUUUCGCUUACCCUGCACCAGCUUGCGAAGCACCCCGAAGCGCAAUCCAAGCUCCGCCAAGAAAUCAUGCGGGCCCAAAGUGGAGGAAUGGAUUUGAGUUAUAAUGAUCUCAUUGAGUUGCCAUAUCUCGACGCUGUCUGUCGUGAGACCCUGCGGCUCUUCGCUCCUGCUCCUUUCCGAUUCCGAGAGACUCGUGAGGACGUCGUUCUGCCGCUGUCCGAACCCGUGCGCGGUCGGGAUGGUGCGCUGAUGACCGAGAUCCCCAUCCCAAAGGACACCACUGUUCUCGUUGGAGUUCUGUCGUCGAACACGCGUAAGGCACUCUGGGGUGAGGAUGCGUACGAAUGGAAGCCAGAGCGCUGGCUGUCGAAGCUUCCCGACGCCGUGUUGGACGCGAAGAUCCCAGGUGUCUAUUCGAACUUGAUGACCUUCUGGGGCGGUGGGCGGGCUUGCAUCGGCUUCAAAUUCUCCCAGCUGGAAAUGAAAGUUGUACUGGCUGUGCUCUUGUCGACGUUCACAUUCGAGUUGACGGGAAAGGACGUCAAAUGGAACAUGGCUGGUGUCGUUUACCCGACUGUCGGAAACGAGAUCAAUCCCUCGCUGCCGUUGAAGGUCGGGUUGGUCAAGCGCAACUAA